UUUCUUUAUUUUUUCAUCUUUAAUAUCAAAUUAAUGCAAUUCUCGAAUGUUGUAAUUAAUUAUUUUUAUUGAGUGUUGCAAUCGAUCGAAAAUGAUUGUGGUUUUAUACCUAAAUGUUCAUUCAUUUGCGUUUUCUUGAAAACUAACUUUAAAAUUAGUUAAGUUUUAUUUGUUACAAGUAAAAGAGGUUUUUUUCAAAAAAUGUUAUGUUAAUAUUGCGAUUGUUUAUUAAUAAUAAUAUAAAAUAUAUAUGUCGUAAGUGCUAACAAUAUUUUCCUUGUUUACAAUUUGACUAGGGAUAUUUUUGUCUUCAUUUAUUUUACCAUUAAAAUUUAAUUUUCUAAAGUUUCCUACGCCGAAGUCUUGCGAAAAAGUUCUUUAAUAUAUAUAACAAGUGAGAAUAAAAAUAUUUUUCAGUAUACCUUGGUAUAGUAAUGGGUAACCUAUAUUUAAGUUAUAUACGAACAAAAUAUUUAUGAUUGACUAUUUAUAAUGAGUAACGAUACAGUUAAUAAGAAUUCUGCAUGCAGUUCUGCAUUUAAAUCUAAUUGGACUAAACAUGAAAAAUUUUUAUUAUUAAAAAGUCUUAAACUUUAUGGGCAUAAAAAUAUAGCUGCUAUAUCUACAUUUCUCUCUAAUAAAUCUCAAGAUGAUAUUAAAGAUACGAUAAAUAAUUUAAAAAGUAAAUCCAAGAUCUUAAAGAAAAAUACACCUUUAAUAAAUGAUUGGAUCGAACAUAAACUAAUUAAAAAGAAAAAUACAUUAAUCCGAGAAAUUUAUCGUUAUCUUUAUAAGUUGUCCUGUAACAUGAAAAAUAUCAAGCUUUCAAAACCGAAUCAAGAUAUACUUUAUAAAGCUUUUAAAGUAAUAGACAAUAGAAUUACAACUACACCUCAACAAGACGAAAUUAUAUUACAUCUAAAAAAACUUCUCAACGAAAACAGAAAUAUAAAAACUUAUCCGAGCAAAAAAGCUACUAGUAAAUAAUAUGAAAAAAAAAAAAAAAACACGAUAUUGAAAAGUAUCUUGAAUUUGUACAUAUUUACUUCUAAUGUAAUUUUAAUAUAACUAAAUCCUGUUAACAUAUUCACUAUCAUUGCCACAUAUCUGUAAUGCAUCGAUUUUCAUUAAGAGUUCAGCAUCACACAUUUAUGAUAAUCACUGGUGUCUCUUCUCUGUAGUGUGAUAACAACUGCAUUAAUUUAGGUUAACGCCUUCUUAACUUAUAAUAAAAUAAAUUAUUUUUAAUAACUGUAAUUUUAUAAUAUAUAUUUUAUAACUAUUAUAAACAUUUUUAUAGAACAUUAUUAUUUCACUUCCAUUGCUGCUGUACAAUUUCUUUUUUUUAUAGAUUACAUAUGUAAGUGAUUCAUUUGGCGAUUACAAUGAAACAACUAUGUUAAUUAAUAUUGCGUAUCUAUUAUCAUAAAAUAUCGUUAAAAUUAAUUAUACGUAGCAGAUACAUUUACUGGAAAAUGAGUAUAUAUCUAUAUAUACGUGUGCAUAUAUCGGCAAGUAAUACGUUACACAUUUAUAAAGAUGUGAAUUUAUAAGAGAAUAAAUUAUACUUUAUAUUCAAUACUAGAGUCCUAAUGCUUUUUAUAAUAAAUGCAAGAAAUAAUUAAA